GCGAAUCAGAAAGGAGUGGAACGUGCACAAUCCAAUGUGCAAAAAAGAUAGUUGUAGUUGUAUUGGGGAAUUGUUUUACACUACCUUCACAGGCACGGCCAUCAUUCUAUGUGAGGAUAAUACCAUCGAAGGAAGAACGUGUCCUGAAUUCUUGAUUCAAGGCAAUAUUUCCUUUUAAUUGAUUUCACGACUCCACUACAGGAGAAUGGAGUCUGAAGAUCCGACGGCAGUAGACGCAGAAUGGAAGAGAAUACAGCAGAACACCUUCACAAGAUGGUGUAACGAACAUCUGAAAACGGUCAACAAGUAUAUCUACAAUCUGGAAACAGAUCUGUGUGACGGGUUGCUGUUAAUUGAUCUACUUCAAGUACUAUCUCAUAAGAAGAUUUCCAAGUACAACAAGAAGCCAACCUUCAAACCACAGAAGUUAGAAAAUAUUGCAAUUGCUCUCAAAUUUAUCGAGGAUGAGAAUAUUAGGUUGGUGAACAUUGAUGCGAGUGAUAUCUUUAAAGGCAUGCUGAAGUUAAUCCUGGGUUUGAUAUGGACGCUGAUCGUGAAGUACGCCCUCUCUCUACCGUAUUUAGACGACGGUGAUGAUGGAGGCGACGAACUUAUUACACCAAAGCAGGCAUUGCUAAGAUGGAUCCAAAGUAAGAUUCCAUCUCAAGUACCAAUGACUAACUUCACCAAGGAUUGGAACAAUGGAUUGGCCGUAGGUGCUCUUGUAGAUGGUGUCGCUCCAGGACUUUAUCCUGAUUGGAAGGACAACGAUCCUAAAGAUGCUCUCUUGAAUGCAAAGGAAGCGAUGAAACUUGCUGAAGAUUGGCUUGGAGUACCUCAGGUGCUGGAUCCAACUGAUAUGGUUAAUCCCAACUUAGAUGAAUUGAGUACGAUGUGCUACUUAAGUGCUUUUAUGAAGGCUAAACUUAAGCCUGGUGCACCAACUAAACCAUGUGUUAAUGGUGAUAACACAAAAUAGGUAUGGAGCGCUCAUACAUUUGGUUCAAUCACAUGGGUGUCGGUCCCGGGGGGGGGGGGGAUUAAGAACAUAAUAUUCCCCCAAUAUUUCAGGUAGGGGGUGGCCUGUGUUGUCAUCCUCCAGUAAUUUACGGUCGAACAUCAUAAUAUUCAUGAUGAAUAUAACAAGUAUGAUCAUGAAGAUAAGGAGGGAAUACAAGAUGAUCAUGAUGGUCAUACUGACUGUCGUAUAUAGUACGUAUGAUGACAUUCAAUUCUUAUUCUCGUAAUUUUGUUAUGUUUAUUGUUAUUAAAUGAAAC